GCCAAAUCAUCCGCCUUCACAGGACCGUCUAUUCACAUGUCACGACUCCGCCACUUCUAAGGACGAAAACCACGCAAGGCCCGCCUGUAGCUGAUUACAGGAGGUGUCUCAUACCAACCGCCGAUCGGUGUUCCGAUUCACAGCCUGGCCCCGGCUCCACGACUGCCUGCCACGAGACCGCUAUGAAACAAUUCCCCUUGGCUUGCUGGUGUCUCCCAAACGCGGUAACCAUGUACCAUCAACACGCAGAGCGGGUUUGAAGUGCAACUCCUUCAGUUUUUAUCAGGGUGUUGACACGGUAUGCUCAACAAGCUCAUCACCCGAACACGAUUCGUCCAUUGAUUUGCAAUGCUAAUUACUUCAAAAGGAAGUAUGUAUCUGAACAAGCAUAACGACGCUAGAUGAUACCGAGAUGGAACUAUGCUGAGAAGCAAGCCUCUCCCGCCGAUUCAGCCGCCAACGACCCGCAAGCCAUCGGUUAAGUGUGUCUCAUUCCCGGACUGGGACCCCAAAUCAUCCCGACUUGACGACGAACAGGGUCGGGGACAAGCACUGGCCGUCACAUGCCAAUCAGGCACACGGCACAAAAUGGACAAUCCCAGACCACCGAUGAACCGACCCGUGUUUCUCAAGCAGAGAAGUCCCCUGGUGACGACAAAGAGCCGGCCGGAGGAUGGCGUUGCAGCUCUGUCGGCUGCACUAUCCGCGCGUUACCCAUUGGUUCGGGGAUCUUCCACGAAUGACUUCAAACGCUCGAGAACCUUGUACACGACAAAUGCGACUCUCGUGAAUCGUAAGAAACCGAGCGACUCCAGGGAAGGCAGGCCGGAUAAUCAUAAACGACAGUCCUACCGACGGAGAAAGGACCCGCCGGUGUUACUGACAAGGGGAAGUCAUCACUCCUUCCCGCCCGGGAAAGUGAUCAAACGGAACGAUGACAACAUCGUCAUACCUCAAAUGUUCCCCAAGGUUCGUAGGGUGGACCGCGGAGGUCCCUGCCCAACGCAGCUGUACACCCAGACGAAGCUCUCGUACUCGGGAAAAAUCAACGGCUCGGUUCAGUUGGACCACUAUGUCCAGCGGAACUCCAGGCCUCGCAUCGAGCCACUACAAGCCCCCUCAACGUCCGCAGGGGCGUCCGGUGGGGAGGACAGCCUGGAGUCUGUCAUCUCUUCAAGCAGGAUAAUGCUCGAGGAUCGUGGGCCUGACAGGCUGGACCGCGAGUGGCCAGGUAGAGGGUUGUCACCUUUGUUCAGACCAUAUCAUUACUUCGACGACGAACCGUCUGUGCCACCCAAUUCGGAAAUUGGACCAUCCAGAAUGCAGAUGAUGACUCCAAAUGAACACUGAGAAACCUCGACAUCGUUUAUUGGCAAUUAUUCAAAUUAUUUUAAAACUAAAUGGUUGAUUCAUUUCUAACUAAUAAAGCUUUCAUUAAGAAUUUUUAUCAUGACCACUUGGAAUUAAAUAUAACAUGUUUUCGUGUGA